AUGGGACCUCAAGACGAUGUCUCUCUGUCGUUCGAUACGAACCCCAAUCUCACCUUCCCCCAGCAUCGACGGCCACAAGGAGCCCAUCAGCAGCAACCCAUGCAGUUCCAGCCGCAGCCAGGAAUGGGUCCAGGUGCCCUGGCGCCUCCCCCUCAGGCAGGCCCUCGCUUCGGAGGCCAGUCGCAGUAUGACGGGUCUGGCGGGCUGUUCGGCCAGAACUCGUUUGAAGACGAGCUGCCUCUGCUGGAAGAGCUGGGAAUCAACAUCCCACAAAUCCUGAGAAAGACCGCCUCGGCUCUGAACCCCAUCCGAAUCAACAUCGACCUCUAUGAUGAUGGGGACCUGUCCGGCCCGCUCAUCUUCUGCGUGCUCUUUGGUCUCUGCCAGCUCAUGCACGCCAAGGUCCACUUUGGGGUGGUGCUCGGGUGGUCCGUGGUGGCAUCAACUUUCAUCUACACCGUUUUCAACCUGCUCGUGGGAGCAAGGUCGUCCCAAGCAGGGCUGGACCUGUACCGCUGCUGCUCCAUCUUCGGCUAUGGGCUGCUGCCCAUGGUGCUCUACUCCGCCAUCUCUAUAUUCUUCCCGCGCAGGGGAGUGCUCACAGCAGUGGCAGCAGCGGUGGCCAUAGUGUGGUGCACGCGAACAGCAGCGUCUCUCCUGGUGGCCAUUGUCCCACAAGCGGACGACGUGCGAGCACUCAUUGCCUUCAUGUGUAUCGUGGCCUACUUCUGCUUUGCCCUCCUGGUGUUGUUCUGA